CCACCCAGCUGAUGCCCGCCUCUGGGGACUCAGCAUCUCUCCAUUGGGUUGUGUGAGUUUAUGACUCAAGGAGGGACCACAUUGGCAGGCCAAGGAGAAGUGCUUGGAUUCUCUGGUCUCCCUGGCCAGCUAUCACAGCUCUCGGCCUCACUCUUCCUAUCACACACAGUGGUGUGAUGGUUCAGGGGCUUCUCCUGAAGCCCCUCGGGAGGCUGCUGCUUGCCUCAGGCUCCCCACCCACUGCCUGCCUGCGCCAGCCACCCGUAGGAAGCCCUCUGCUCUGUUGACUGAGGGGGCAGCAGAUGUCAUAGCACUGCUGUUCAGGCCACAAGCUCCCCCUAAGCCUGCUCUGUGCCCAGCUCUGCUGAGCUGUGAGGACCUAGACAGGCCAGGGAGAUGGCUACCUGGGAAACUCUCAGGCGAGGGGAGAGAAAAACGCACACACAGAAACGUGGACGGCAGUCACAAGACCGCUGGCAGAUGAAGCAGGAUCUCGGCAUCUGGCGAGAGAGGUGACGCUGAAUGACCUGACGCUGUUCCAGAGCCUCAGCCCCGCUGUUCCAGAGCCUCAGCCCCGCUCCUGGCCUCCUGCUAGGCAAGCCAACAAAAUGAGCCCCCGGCAGGAAGCAACGCUUUCAAUAACAUGUGACCUCUCCGGGGCCCACUGGGACCUGCCACCCACACUCACGUGGUUGGGGCCGUUCAGGGGUGUGGAUCCCAUGUGGACUGGAUGCCCAGCGUGAGUGCAUACCGUGAGGGCCUUUGUGCUCUCGGACAGCAUGUAGUGGUCAGGGAAGGCCUCCGGGAGGAAGAGGCGGCCCACCACCCCAGGCAGCACAGUGGUGAGGAGGCCCUGGAGGGGCUGCUCUGGGGGAAUGAGCCUGGGGGAGAUGGAGGCCAGAACACAUGAGCCCCUGAGUGUUGGGCUGAGGAGCCAGGGCUGCACCCCAGGAAAGGGAAAGGCAGGGUGGUCUUGGGUUGUGGAGAGUGCUGCAUGGGGCCCCAGUGGGGCUGUGUCCCGCAGGGGGAUGCCAAGGCUGGCAAUGUUCAGUGGCUCGUGGGGUGGAGAGGAGCAGAUGAACACAAGAGAGAUUUCAGGGAGAAAGAGCAGCAAGAUGGGGUGAUGCCUCAAGCUGGGAUGCCGAGUGGGAAAGCCAGGAGUUGGCUAGAGAAGGGUCCUGGGUGGAGGCACGGCCAGGGAGUGUCAGGCCCAGGGUGCACAGCUGCCCAGGGCGGGUCGGGGGAGGGCGGGAAUGCAUGACACAGGGAGCCCGACUGCCACCAGACGCUUGUGCCCAGCUGAACCAGGUGCGGGCGCAGGCUGUUUGCCUUCAGGUGGCCAGGGAUUCCCUCCAGGUAGGUGUGGGCACCUUGGGCAGCAAGAACCCCAGGAAGGAAAUACAUGCUGCCCCAAGCCCCUGAGCUGAAGACAGAUUCCCCUCCCCCCGGCCUGCAGCUGCUUCUGGACGGAGGGACGGGAAGUGGCCAGAAGGGGAAGUGUGAGGAGUUCCCGUCCAGCCUGUCAUUAGUCUCCCCAGGUCUUGAAGCGGCGGCCCUGCUCCCUGCCGUGACCAUGGACCCUGUGGAGACCCCUGUCAAGGAUGGCAUCCUCUACCAGCAGCACGUCAAGUUUGGCAAGAAGUGCUGGCGGAAGGUGUGGGCUCUGCUGUAUGCAGGAAGCCCAUCAGGCGUGGCACGGCUGGAGAGCUGGGAGGUCCGGGAUGGUGGCCUGGGAGCAGCAGGUGACAGGUCGGCAGGGCCUGGCCGGCGAGGGGAGCGACGGGUCAUCCGCCUGGCUGACUGUGUGUCGGUGCUGCCGGCCGACGGUGAGAGCUGCCCCCGGGACACCGGUGCCUUCCUGCUCACCACCACCGAGCGAAGCCACCUGCUGGCUGCACAGCACCGCCAGGCCUGGAUGGGCCCCAUCUGCCAGCUGGCCUUCCCGGGGACAGGGGAGGCCUCCUCAGGAUCCACAGAUGCCCAUUCUCCCAAGAGGGGUCUGGUCCCCAUGGAGGAAAACUCCAUCUAUUCCUCCUGGCAGGAAGUGGGCGAGUUUCCCGUGGUGGUGCAGAGGACCGAGGCCGCCACCCGCUGCCAGCUGAAGGGGCCGGCCCUGCUGGUGCUGGGCCCAGAUGCCAUCCAGCUGAGGGAGGCCAAGGUCACCCAGGUCCUCUACAGCUGGCCCUACCACUUCCUGCGCAAGUUUGGCUCUGACAAGGGCGUGUUCUCCUUUGAAGCCGGCCGCCGCUGCGACUCAGGUGAGGGCCUCUUUGCCUUCAGCACCCCCUGUGCCCCCGACCUGUGCAGGGCUGUGGCUGGGGCCAUCACCCGCCAGCGGGAGCGACUGCCAGAGCUGGUCAGGGCCCAGCCCUGCCCCCUGCCACGGGCCACCUCUCUGCCCUCCCUGGACACCCCCGGAGAGCUGCGGGAGAUGCCACCAGGACCUGAGCCACCCACCUCCAGGAGGGUGCGCCUGGCUGAGCCCGGACCCCAGAGCCUGCCGCUACUGCUAGGCCUGGAGCCCAGCGAUCCGGCAUCCGGGCUCUACGCCUCAGUGUGCAAGCGUGCCAGUGGGGUUCCACGCACUGAACACCUCUAUGAGAACCUGUGUGUGCUGGAGGCCAGCCCCACACCGCACAGCGGGGAACCUGAGCGGCACGAGGGCCCUGGCGGCCGCAGCCCAACAGCCAGUCCCAUCUACCACAACGGCAAAGACUUGAGCUGGCCCAGCCCAGCCCACGACAACAGUCUGGAAGCCCAGUACCGGCGGCUGCUGGAGCUGGAUGAGGCAGAGGGCACAGGCCACCCUGACCCUCAGGCAGGCUUCAAGGCCAAGCUGGUGACGCUGCUGAGUCGUGAGCGGAGGAAGGGCCCUGCCCCUUGUGACCGGCCCUGAACACCCAGCAGAGUGGUGGCCAGAGGAGAGAGGUGCUCCCCCUGGGACAGGCGGGUAGGCUGGUGGGCAAAUAGUGGGCCCAUGCGGACACACGCCUGUGUCUACCCUGGCCUGCAGGAACAAGGCAGGCCGCCUGUGGAGGACCUCAGCCCUGCCCUGCCCUCCACAUAUGCGGUGUGCAGACUCGCAGAUAAUAAAGCUCAGAGCAGCUCCCGACAGGGGCACUCACGGCACACGCCCCUGCCCACAUUCAUUGCGGCCAGCACUAGCGCCCUGUGCCGGUUCCAGGGGCACAGGUGACCUGGGCCUGACCUGCCACCCAUGGGCUCAAAUCCACUGCAGCAGACAGACAGGAUGGAGAUCAUUAGGACUCCAUGUGGCCCUCCAUGGCCAGAGUGACACGAAGAGGCAGGCGGAGGGAACCGGGAGGCUUGUUUGUCAGCCUUGGGAAGGAGCAACAUGAGGGCCCAACUGAAGACCCGGAGGCCUGAGCUGGGAGGAGGCAAUGGGGGCGGGGAGCAGGUGGAAGGAAUUUCAGAGACACCCUCGCCCCACACACUUGUUCGCUGCUGAAACUCCAACAAUUUGCAGAUACUUGUGGGAACCCCAGGCUUCAGUCCCCUCAUCUGUAAAGGAGAGAGAACAAAUGAGGUAUCAGGCAUCAUCCUAGAUGAGAGUUUUGCCGUGUGCCUAUUCAGUGCCGGGCGCUGGGGGACAUGGCCGUGUUCAGGAUGAGAGUUUUGCUGUGUGCCUACUCAGUGCCGGGCGCUGGGGGACAUGGCCGUGUUCAGGACAGCCUUGGUCCUGUUCGGGAGCCCACAUUCCAGGGGGAGAGAAGUUUCCUGAAGACUUCCGUGCUGCAUUCCCUCCUCUGCUCCUGCUCCUGUCUCCAUCCUAGGAGCCAGCCAUGCGCACAAGCAUGCCUCCAGGGGUCUGGCUGCUUGGCCCCUCACCGCAACUCCACCUCAGCUGCCCACACCCUUGGUGUAUCCUGAACCUCAUUUUCAUGACGGACACAUUUUUGCUCUCUCCUGUCCAAGCCUCAUCCUCUGGCCACCUCCUCCUUCCAGCUCACUUCCUCUAGCACGGCCAAUACCACCCCUGCCUAGCCACAUCGACCUACAGGGACCCUUUUCUGGCUCUUCCAGGCCUCUGCCCACCCUCCCCUCUGUUCUCCGUAGUCCCUUCCCCCUUCUCUCUCCUUUCAUCUUACUGGUCUGGCAAAGCCCCCGGCCUUGGAUGAGCCCAGACCUCCUCUGUGCCUGCACACGGCUGCCCAUAGCCAAAUAAAUCUAUUUAACAGGCUGACUGCAUCCUUAACAGUGCAAGGCAGGCGCUCCCUGCCACCAGAGACCCUGUGCCCUAGAGGGGCAGCUUUUCUCCUCCCCAGAACCUCCUGUCUGUCCCCACCCAGUGUCUCCUCACAGGCAUGUUGGGGAAACAGGUCAGGCUCCCCCACUGCAUCUGCAAGUGUACUGGCAUCCAUCCGUCUUCUUCCUACCCCUACAGUAGCAACAGUGUCCCCAGCUAUGCUCUGAUCCCGGCUCCUCUCACCUCAGAGCGUGGAAACUUGAGCUCUCUCCUGGGCCCGUUCAUCCUAUCAGCGGCUUUUCCAGCCACACCCAAACAUGCUCUGUAAUGUCACAUUUUAAACCUUCCCUUGCACUCACAUUCCCCUCUGGCCACCUCCCUGUUUCUCUGUUCCUCUUCACAGCAAAAACUCUUCAAAAGAGUUGUUGAUUACUUUCAUUUCCACUUUCUUACCCCUAUUUUUCCCUCAAUUAACUCUCCUUCAUCCCCAUGAUGCCAUUAUGUGGCUCUUAUUAGAGUCACCAACGUUAUUCUCUAAAACAAAAGCAACAGGACUUUGACUUCUCAGCAGCACUCAGCUCUGGUUCUUGAAACACUCCCCAUUACUUGCUUUUCCUCCUACCUCGUAACUCUGUCUUUCCCAGCCUCUACUGCUGCCUUCCCUGAGUUCGUCCCAGGGUCCUCGGCUCUGAUAUAGUGUAGCUCAACCCUGCUACACAAAGAAUCUCCUGAAAGCCUGUAAAACUGUCCGUGCAUGUUCUGUGAGUGACCUACCAAGAGAAUAAACACUUUUAAAAAUCCA